AUGCCGCCGUCGAAGUGGGACGACGACGAAGAGAGCACUUCCCCCCCUCCCCCGGUGCUCCCCCGCCGCAGCAAGUUUGACGACGAGGAAGAGGAGGAGGUCCUCGACUCCUGGGACGCGGCCGAAGACAGCGACGUCGAGCGUGAAAAAGCCGCCAAGGCCGCCGAAGUCAAAGCCAAAGCCGAAGCCGAAGCCGCCGCAAACAAGAAAUCCAAGAACCAACGGAUAGAAGAGCACAAGCAGAUUCGGCGGAAAAAGGCCGAGGAGGAGGAAGCCAACGCGGAGUCCGAUGAGGACGAGGCCUCGCGUCGGGAACGCCUGCGCCGCACGGAGAAGGACUCUGAUCUGGCGCACGCGGAGGACCUGUUCGGUGGUGGUGGUGCGGUUGAUAUCGGGGAUGUGGAUAUGCAGCGGAUGAAGAACCGGAGUGCGGCGCCUAAGGCGGUUGUUAUUUCGGAUUCGGCGGAUCCGACGAAUGCGAUUGAUCUGUCCGCGAUGCCGUUGUUCAAGCCUACUUCGAAGGACCAGUUUGCCAAGGUUACUUCGACCAUUGGGCCAUUGUUGACGGCACACUCCAAGAAGCCGCACUAUGCCCUCUGGGCGCAGGACUUCGCGAAGCAGCUGGUCAAGGAUCUGCCCUCUGGCGAGAUCAAGAAGAUUGCCAGUGCCUUGACGACUGCUAGUAACGAGAAGAUGCGCGAGGAGCGUGCAGCUGACAAGGGAACCAAGAAGUCGAAGGCCGCGAAGACCAAGGUGUCCCUGGCGGCCUCCAGGGACGACAAGCUUGAUUCCAACUACGAUAACUAUGAUGACGGGCUGGGUGACGAUGAUUUCAUGUGA